GAACUGCCGCUCGUGUCCGGUGACCUCAACGACAUCGCCGCCGGCGGGACCAACAAUAAUGACGGCGAGACUAACGGCAACGCCGAUGAUGAGGAUGACGACGACGGCCCGUCCACUCAACGCUCCUAUGAGAACGACUCUAACGUCAAACCGGAUUACUCUAUACUUAAGAAUAGUCUUAAAAAUAUGAAUGAUUCGGACGCUAUCAAGAAGAAAGAGGGAGAAAUGCAAACCGAGAUUAAUAGCAAACGCGAGGUUUUGCGUAAAAUCCAGGCGCCAAACAUGAGAGCUAUCGAUAAGCUCGAAGACGUAAAGGACAGGCUGAAGGAGACGGACUCCGAAGUCAACAAUUUGAGACUCGACUCAAAGAAAGCCAAAAUGGCGUUCGAGGAGAUCAAGAGAAACCGAUUACGAGAAUUCAAUCUGUGUUUCGAAAACGUGGCCCAAAGAGUGGACUCGAUAUAC